ACCCUGAUAAAACUUUCCUUUUUUUUUUUAUUCUGAAAUCCUUAAAACUCACUCUUUUUCAGCUCCAAAUUAUCUUCCCUGUGUGUCUAAACCUCAUUGAUUUAUCUUAACUGACUACACAUAGAACGCCAUGUAUCGUUUUGCCUCAGGUCUCGUCUCCAAAGCCAGGUUGGCUAAGAGCAGUACCCAUCAGGUUGGUAGUAGAUUGGCAUGGAAUAGAAAUUAUGCGGCUAAAGAUAUUAAAUUUGGCGUCGAAGCUCGUGCUUUGAUGCUUAAAGGUGUUGAGGAUCUUGCUGAUGCUGUUAAAGUUACUAUGGGACCUAAAGGACGAAAUGUAGUUUUGGAGCAAAGUUGGGGAGCUCCUAAAGUGACAAAAGAUGGCGUCACUGUAGCUAAGAGCAUUGAAUUCCAAGACAGAGUGAAGAAUGUAGGUGCUAGUCUUGUAAAGCAGGUUGCAAAUGCUACAAAUGAUGUGGCAGGCGAUGGAACAACAUGUGCAACAGUCCUUACCCGUGCAAUUUUAGUUGAAGGAUGCAAGUCUGUAGCAGCUGGAAUGAAUGCCAUGGACUUAAGACGUGGGAUUUCAAUGGCAGUUGAUGCUGUUAUUACAAACUUGAAAAGUCGAACAAGAAUGAUAAGCACAUCUGAAGAAAUAGCUCAGGUUGGAACAAUAUCAGCAAAUGGAGAGAGAGAGAUUGGUGAGCUCAUAGCCAAGGCAAUGGAGAAAGUUGGCAAAGAGGGUGUUAUUACUAUUUCUGAUGGGAAAACUUUGGACAACGAGUUAGAAGUUGUUGAAGGAAUGAAGUUAGACAGAGGGUACAUAUCCCCUUAUUUUAUCACCAACACGAAAAACCAAAAAUGUGAACUAGAAGAUCCUCUCAUUUUAAUUCAUGAGAAGAAGAUUUCAAAUUUAAAUGCUAUAGUCAAGGUUUUAGAAUUGGCAUUGAAGAAGCAAAGACCUUUACUAAUUGUUGCAGAAGAUGUUGAAAGUGAAGCUCUAGCAACUCUCAUUCUGAACAAGCUUCGUGCUGGAAUUAAGGUCUGUGCCAUAAAAGCACCAGGAUUUGGAGAAAACAGGAAGGCCAGUAUGCAAGAUCUUGCUGUUCUCACAGGGGGCGAGGUUAUAACUGAGGAGCUUGGUAUGAACCUUGACAAGGUGGGAAUUGAAGCACUAGGCUCGUGCAAAAAGGUUACAGUAUCCAAGGAUGACACAAUUGUUCUUGAUGGAUUAGGUGACAAGAAAGCCAUUGAAGAAAGAAGCGAACAGUUGAGAUCUUCAAUCGAGUUGAGUACUUCUGAUUAUGACAAGGAAAAGUUGCAGGAGCGACUUGCUAAACUUUCUGGUGGUGUAGCAGUUUUAAAGAUUGGUGGAGCUAGUGAAGCAGAAGUUAGUGAGAAGAAAGACAGAGUUACUGAUGCUCUGAAUGCGACCAAGGCUGCUGUGGAGGAAGGAAUUGUACCUGGUGGUGGUGUUGCUCUUCUUUAUGCGUCUAAGGAUCUGGACAAGUUACCAACUGCAAAUUUUGAUCAGAAGAUUGGUGUUCAGAUUAUCCAGAAUGCUCUUAAGAUGCCGGUACACACCAUUGCUACUAAUGCGGGAGUAGAGGGGGCAGUUAUUGUUGGGAAGCUAUUAGAGCAGGACGAUCCUGACCUUGGAUAUGAUGCAGCUAAAGGUGAAUAUGUUGAUAUGGUAAAAGCAGGAAUUAUUGACCCGCUAAAAGUUAUUAGAACAGCCUUGGUAGAUGCUGCAAGUGUCUCUUCAUUGAUGACUACAACUGAGGCCAUUGUGACUGAGCUUCCCAAGGAUGAGAAGGAAGCCCCAGCCAUGGGUGGCGGUGGCGGCAUGGGAGGAAUGGGUUUUUGAGAGUCGUUACGAAGAUGACAGCAAUUCUGCGAUGUAAUAUCGACAUAAAUCAUUCUUUCAGAAAGUCAUAUAAUUGAGAUAAAUUAUUCUCAGAAAGUCAUAUAAUUGAGUUAAAUCUUGCUCUUUGUUGAGUUCCUGAUAACAUAAUUUCUGAUCAUUUUAAAGCCAGGUACAAGUCUAAUAGUGUAAUUUAAUUUCAUUUCAUCCCA